AGCAGCGAGGCCGCCACCGCCGCCAUGGAGGCGCUGGGACCCGGGCCCCCAACAAGCCUUUUCCAGCCACCCCGUCGCCCAGGCCUGGGCACUGUUGGGAAACCCAUCCGGCUCCUGGCCAACCACUUCCAGGUUCAGAUCCCCAAGAUUGAUGUUUAUCACUAUGAUGUCGAUAUCAAACCAGAGAAACGCCCCCGAAGAGUCAACAGGGAGGUGGUGGAUACAAUGGUGAGGCACUUCAAGAUGCAGAUAUUUGGGGAUCGGCAGCCUGGGUACGAUGGGAAGCGGAACAUGUACACGGCACACCCCUUACCCAUUGGCAGGGACAGAGUGGAUAUGGAGGUUACACUUCCAGGAGAGGGGAAGGACCAGACAUUUAAGGUUUCCAUUCAGUGGGUGUCAGUCGUCAGCCUUCAGAUGCUGCUGGAAGCUCUGGCAGGGCACUUGAAUGAAGUUCCUGAAGAUUCUGUACAGGCACUGGAUGUAAUCACACGGCACCUUCCCUCCAUGAGGUACACCCCUGUGGGUCGCUCCUUUUUCUCCCCUCCUGAAGGUUAUUACCACCCCCUGGGAGGGGGCAGGGAGGUCUGGUUUGGCUUCCACCAGUCGGUCCGUCCUGCCAUGUGGAACAUGAUGCUCAACAUCGAUGUGUCAGCGACUGCUUUCUAUCGUGCCCAGCCUAUCAUUGAGUUCAUGUGCGAGGUCUUGGACAUCCAGAACAUCAGUGAACAAAGCAAACCUCUGACAGACUCCCAGCGUGUCAAGUUUACCAAAGAAAUCAGAGGUCUAAAAGUAGAGGUUACCCACUGUGGCCAGAUGAAGAGAAAAUACCGAGUUUGCAAUGUUACCCGGCGACCAGCCAGUCACCAGACGUUCCCUCUGCAGCUGGAGAAUGGGCAGGCCAUGGAGUGCACAGUAGCUCAGUAUUUUAAGCAGAAGUACAGUCUGCAGCUGAAAUACCCCCACCUGCCCUGUCUCCAAGUGGGACAGGAGCAGAAACACACGUACCUGCCGCUGGAGGUGUGUAACAUUGUGGCUGGCCAGAGGUGCAUCAAGAAGCUCACAGACAAUCAGACAUCGACCAUGAUAAAAGCGACAGCCAGGUCUGCCCCAGACAGGCAGGAGGAGAUCAGCAGAUUGGUGAAGAGUAACAGUAUGGUUGGUGGGCCUGAUCCGUAUCUGAAGGAGUUUGGAAUUGUUGUCCAUAACGAAAUGACGGAGCUGACAGGCAGAGUUCUGCCAGCCCCAAUGCUGCAGUAUGGAGGCAGGAACAAGACUGUGGCCACACCAAACCAAGGCGUGUGGGACAUGAGAGGGAAACAGUUCUAUGCUGGCAUUGAGAUUAAAGUUUGGGCUGUUGCCUGUUUUGCUCCUCAAAAACAAUGCAGGGAAGACUUGCUAAAGAGUUUCACAGACCAGCUGCGCAAGAUCUCCAAGGACGCCGGGAUGCCGAUCCAGGGCCAGCCCUGCUUCUGCAAGUAUGCCCAGGGUGCAGACAGUGUGGAGCCCAUGUUCAAGCACUUAAAGCUGACUUAUGUCGGCCUGCAGCUCAUCGUGGUGAUUCUGCCAGGGAAGACGCCUGUGUAUGCUGAAGUCAAGCGGGUCGGAGAUACUCUUCUAGGCAUGGCCACACAGUGUGUUCAGGUAAAGAACGUGGUCAAAACCUCACCACAAACGCUGUCCAACCUGUGUCUGAAGAUCAACGCCAAGCUCGGAGGAAUCAACAAUGUGUUGGUACCUCAUCAAAGGCCCUCGGUGUUCCAGCAGCCAGUGAUCUUUUUGGGAGCAGAUGUCACUCACCCUCCCGCCGGGGACGGGAAGAAGCCGUCCAUCGCGGCCGUGGUGGGCAGCAUGGACGGGCACCCCAGCCGCUACUGCGCCACGGUGCGCGUGCAGACCUCGCGCCAGGAGACCUCCCAGGAGCUGCUCUACAGCCAGGAGGUGAUCCAGGACCUCACCAACAUGGUGAGGGAGCUGUUGAUCCAGUUCUACAAAUCCACUCGUUUCAAGCCCACCAGGAUCAUUUACUACAGAGGGGGAGUGUCGGAAGGACAGAUGAAACAGGUAGCUUGGCCAGAGCUGAUCGCCAUCCGGAAGGCCUGCAUUAGUUUGGAAGAAGAUUAUAGACCUGGAAUAACCUACAUUGUUGUGCAGAAGAGGCAUCACACCAGGCUCUUCUGUGCUGACAAAACUGAAAGGGUGGGUAAAAGUGGCAACGUACCAGCAGGCACUACUGUGGACAGCACCAUCACACAUCCCUCUGAAUUUGACUUUUACCUCUGUAGCCAUGCAGGAAUUCAGGGAACCAGCCGUCCCUCCCACUACCAGGUGUUGUGGGAUGACAACUGCUUCACGGCGGACGAGCUGCAGCUGCUGACGUACCAGCUGUGCCACACGUACGUGCGCUGCACGCGCUCCGUCUCCAUCCCCGCGCCCGCCUACUACGCCAGGCUGGUGGCCUUUCGCGCCAGGUACCACCUUGUGGACAAGGAUCACGACAGCGCUGAGGGCAGCCACGUGUCGGGGCAGAGCAACGGCCGCGAUCCGCAGGCGCUGGCCAAGGCCGUGCAGAUCCACCACGACACCCAGCACACCAUGUAUUUCGCUUGAGAGCACCUGGGGAGAUGAGGCAAAACAACAACCCAUGCAGUCCUGAAGCGUUUGGAAGCCUCCUGCUCUGUCCAGGGCGGGGGGAUUUCGGACUGCCCGUUACCAGCAGCUCCGGACAGUCGCACUGAAUCUGUUCUUCACUGCAACGUCUGAUGCACCAACACAAUUGAGCCAUUUGUUUCAUUGUUUUCUGUACUAGAAAUCCAUAGACUUGUCUUUUCUGAUGCAUUGGACUGAAUUUUUACCUCAAAGCGCAAAGGCCGAUCAUCCUGAAAUUUUUCAAGGACUUGGCACGAAAGGUUUCUAUCAAAUCUUUUGCUAGCUGUGGUUUUUCAGUUCUCCUCAUCCCAUGAGCUGACGGUGACUGCUGCUCUGUCUCCGUGCCCUGCUUCGUGAGUAUGAUGUGAUGGCAAAAUGUUUUACCCAGCUCGCUGUAAUCCUUCUGUCGUGUGGGGCCAUAGAUUUUUUAAUGGAGAUUUUAGACUUCACUACUGUAAAUGCCUUUUAACAAACAUGACUUUCACAGGUAUUGCAGUUUUUUGUCAGUUUUACUAAUUAUCUUUUUAAUCUCUGCAGACUUGGGCUGCAAAGCAAUUGCACUAUACUGCGAGUUAAUAGGUGGUUCUUGUUCUGUGAAUGUGUAAUAUAACCAAUAGUGAUGCCUGUCAGUAGAUUUUAAUGAUAAUGGUUAUAAAUAAUACUGCCAUGGUAUCGUAACAAGUACUGAACCAUCAUUUCCCCCCUCUAAAAAUGAUAAAACAAACAAAAAAAAAUUUAGCUUUUAGGUAUUUUGCAAACUUUUACAAAAGUGCCCACUUUAUGCUGCUGUGUGGUUUGAUAAAUCUAAGUGAUUUUAAAACUUUUUUCUCAUAGAAGGUUUAACUUUGGCAAUAAAUCUUUGUUUUUUAAGCCCCCCCAAACAGUGUAAUUUUCUAGCUGAGGAUCGUGCAUGAGUUUAACCAACAUUCUCGUGUCGUUUUCUGAACACGCAAUUUGGCAGUUUCUGAAACAAAUUAGAAAAGACGCAUUUCCAUGCUUUUUUUAAGAAUUAUUUUUAACUGUUUUAUAUUCACUGUUGGUGUCCUGUCUACAACAUUUUUUAUAAGCUUGGAAACUGGGUGUUUCAUGUAGGAAAGGCCAACUUGUGCAGUUGAAAUGUAUUGUGUGACAGGCAACCUGAGGACUUGUUACCAGCAUUUUGAACUGUUUUUUUUUUCCUGGGAAUCUGGGUUGCCCACACAACUGCAUUUACAGCAUGUUGAACCCGUGUGAGUCUCAAAUGCUGAUUCUGUCCCAGCCUAGAAAUUAGGGUUUUUAAUCUGCUUGGCUUUUUUCAGCUGCAACCUGUAAUCCAGAACAGGGACCUGGUUUCCCUGGUAUUCCUGUAACCCAUGAACGUAGUAAUUUAAGACUAGAUUCCUUACUGUAUACCUGAGGUAGUGCAGAUUAAAGCUUAUUCCUAAACUGAGGAGGAGUUUGAGAAGCCCAAGGAUUGCACUGUGGUCUCUGAUACUCGUGUGGGGUUUGCUGCUAAGUUGUCUGCUGUCCCAAAGCUUAGGAACCAGCCCCCUCCAAAUUUCAGCAAUAGGAAAUGCUGUUUCCUUCAGACUUUAAGCUUGUAAAUAAAUGAAAGUUUACAUUUCUAAAUGCUGUUGUUUUCAGUUGUACCACAGUACACUGAACAUCUUCAAACAGUUUUAUAACCUCCUUGCCAGUAGUACGUCUCAUAAAUUAAGUUUAACCUCUUUUCAUUUCUGUUGAAAAUGGGACUGAAGUGAACCCUGCUCCUGGCACGUGCCAGGGCAGGUUUAGAUUGAAAAAAAAAAGAUUCUUUUAAGUUUUUUAACUUUUUUUUUAAAGAAUACCUCACUUGUGUAAUAAAAUCAGGACAUGUGGGUGGGAGACUGACCGCUGCUUUUCUCAGUACUCGUUCAGGGAGAAGACACAAAAACCCUUUUUAGAGUGAACUCUUGACUGACCCAACACACACGGAGAACUUUGGCACCUUGAAAAGCACCUGAGCACCUGUUGGAGGUGGUAGGAUCCAAGAUCCCUGAUUUGAGUUUGUGCACUAGGAAUGGGGCUGGUUUAACAAGGGUGCAUAAAAAUGAACUUUUAUCACCAAUUCGUUGUCCAGUGCCAAGCACUCCUGGUUGAGACUGAGGGAAGGGAGAGCCUCUCCUUGGUUUGCCUGUGACUGGAUAUUUGACCUCAGACCAGGUGGAGCAUCCUGGUGAGCCCUGAGCCAGCACUCGAGCGGGGCUGGUGUGAGCCCACCCCGGGCACAGGGCUGGAGUUUUGGGGGAAAAGCACUGAAGUUCAGGAUCCAAGUUGCAGCAGUGCUGCCCUAGGCAGGUCUGAGCCCAAGUCUGGAGGACUUGAGGACCUGGGUGAGCCCUGUGGGCCUGAGUGACUCGUUCUGCAUGUGUCAAUCAAUGGGAAGAUGUGCAUUCUGUAGCUGUAGUUUUAGGGUGUUUUGAUUUUUUUUGGUUUUUUGGGGUUUUUUUAUAAAUAAAGCCUGUUGGCCACUGUUUAGCUCUGUGGUGUGAAAGAUUUUAAAUGUAGCAAAGUUCAAAGA